AAAAAUUCUUGGUUAAGUUUCUCACUAUUUAGUCCUUGACUAGAAAGUUAGGAACAAAAAGUAAAGUGCAAUAAUGCAUCUGGGAGACUUUUCUUUAUUUUCUUUUUUUAAGUUUGUGGAAGACAUUGAAGUGAUGAAUAUUUUGGUUGCUCUAAUGACUUUUUGACGUAGGACAUUGAAUGGAAAUUAAGCUGGCUGGUCUAUAAAUAGCUCUCGGUCUCUGCCACUUAUUCACACUACACUUCUACCAAUACCUGAGAGAGAACUACAGCAUAUCACAACAUUAUAUGAUGGGGUUAUCCCAUUGCUUGUUUCUAUUUUUCAUCUUUCUCAAGGGGUGCAAUACCAGUACUUCCCAUGAGCUAUCUUAUUGUCAUGAUGAGGAGAGCUCUGCCUUGCUACAAUUCAAGCAAAGCUUUACUAUCGAUGCAUUUGCUUCGGGUUUAGAGGGUGCUUAUCCGAAAGUGUUGUCCUGGAAACAAGCUCAAGGAGGAAACAACACCAGCUGCUGCACAUGGGAUGGGGUCGAGUGUGACGAACACACGGGUCAUGUGAUCGGGCUUGAUCUCAGAAGCAGUUGUCUCUACGGCUCUAUUCACUCCAACAGCUCCCUCUUCCGUCUUGUUCACCUUCAGAGGCUGAACCUUGCCGAUAAUCACUUCAAUUACUCUCAAAUUCCUACUAGCAUUAGGAAUUUUCCAAGGCUCACCCAUCUCGACCUCUCUUUCUCUGUAUUUUCUGGUCGAGUCCCAUCAGAGGUUUCACAGCUCGUCAAGUUGUCGCUUCUUAAUCUUUCUCACAAUACCGAUUCUUCGGGUGUAGGAUUGUUGACACUUGAUGGAUCCGAUUUCAGAAGUCUAGUUCAAAACUUAACUAAUCUUCAACGUCUUCGUCUCCGUUUCAUCAACAUAUCUUCGCCAAUACCUGAUUCCAUGGCCAAUUUAUCAUUUUUGACAACCCUUGACUUACAUCAGUGUCACUUAUUUGGAGACUUCCCAGCUAGAAUUUUCCAGUUACAAAACUUGCAAAAUCUCUAUCUCAGAGACAACCAAGAUCUCAUUGGUUAUUUGCCUGAAUUUAAUAAAAGUAGUCCUCUCAUAACUCUCGAUGUUCAUGGAACUAGAUUUUCAGGGAACUUAGCCUUUUCGAUUAAAAACCUUGGUUCUUUGAAACAGUUGGAUGUGGGUGCGUGCAAUUUUUCAGGAGGGUUGGUUCCAUCUUCGCUAGGUAAUCUCAGGGAACUGACUUAUCUAGACAUUUCAUUAAACCAAUUUGGAGGUCCUGUUCCAGAUUCUUUUGCAAACCUUACAAAAUUGUCUGUUUUUAGGAGUUCUUCGAGUCAACUAACUGGUCCAAUCCCAUCCUGGCUGGGUAAUUUUAGCGAACUAACAUACCUAGACUUUGGUUAUAACAGAUUGAGUGGUUCAGUUCCUACCUUUUUUUCCAAUCUCACAAAUCUCCAGAUUCUUUAUCUUCAGUACAAUAACUUGACCGGCAUAGUGGAGUUUCGAACAUUUCAAAACCUCCAAAAUUUCAACCAACUCGAUAUAAGAUCUAAUUCUCUGGAAUUUAUCUCUGAAUCCACAGCUGUGAAUGCAAGUACUGUUCCACAGUUCACCCAACUAAGGUUAACUUCAUGCAACCUGAGAGAGUUCCCAUAUUUCCUGAGACAUCAAAAACGUUUGCAGUAUUUGCACCUUAAUAGAAACAAAAUUCAUGGGCAAGUACCAAAAUGGAUGUGGAACAUGAGCACAGAAUCAUUGAUUCAGCUAGACAUUUCUGAAAAUUUCCUUUCAGGUCAACUUCCUGUUUUCAUACCUUGGGUCAACCAACAAUACUUGAGUCUUGCUUCCAACAUGUUCCAUGGGCCACUGCCGAUACCUCCAUCGUCCACUUUAGUCUAUCAAGCUUAUGACAACAAAUUUACUGGAAAUGUUUCACCAGUGAUCUGCAAUAUGAGUUCUCUUAUGGCCCUUGAUUUGUCCAAUAACAACUUGGGUGGCAUGAUUCCGCAGUGUUUCGGAAACUUUAGUGAUCCAUUGAUAGUUUUAAUUCUUGGAAAUAACUCGUUUCAUGGCACACUGCCGCAAACAUACACCAACAAAAGCAAAUUGUGGAUACUUGAUGUGAGUCAAAAUCAAUUGCAAGGGCAACUACCAAGGUCAUUGGCGAAUUGUCUGAUGCUUGAGACUUUGAUCCUGUCAAACAAUUACUUCAAUGAUGUCUUUCCCUUUUGGAUGGUUACUCUACCUGAGUUGAAACUUUUGGCAAUGCGGCAUAAUGAGUUCCAAGGAUUGAUAGGAAAGCCUGAAAACAAUCAGCAGUUCCCAAAGUUGCGUGUCUUGGAUAUUUCUCACAAUAACUUCACAGGCAAGUUUGUAGCUGAAUACAUCUUCUCCAAGUAUGCCAUGAGAUCAGUCAACCAGUCGACCUAUAUGACGGUUGACAUCGAUUACAUCUCUGGUUAUGGUGUGCUCGAUUAUGGUUCCAAGAUUACAAUAACCAUUAAACGUGUGGAUAGAUACUAUGCAGGGGUUCAAGAAGCUUUUGCAGUCAUUGAUAUCUCAAGCAACAAAUUUGAAGGGAAGAUUGAUGAAUCCAUUGGGAGUCUAGAAGGGCUUUGGUCACUUAAUUUUUCCAAUAAUCUUCUCAGCGGUCGUAUCCCGUCAUCGUUUGGGAACUUGACGAAUCUUGAAGCACUAGACCUUUCCAAUAACAAGCUCUGGGGAGAGAUUCCCAAACAAUUGGCACAGCUGACAUUCCUUGCAGAAUUCAAUGUCUCUCACAACAAUCUCACAGGUCCAAUACCGCGUGGACCUCAACUAAAUACCUUCUCUAUCAGUUCAUAUGAGGGAAAUCCCGAAUUGUGUGGAGAUCCUUUGCCGAAGAGAUGUCAGAGCUCUAACUCCCCGCCGCAACUGCCACCUUCAAGCACAGAAGAAAAUGAUUCUGGAAUUGAAUUUGAAUGGACUUUUGUGCUCGCUGGAUGCGGAAGUGGGUUCGUGGUGGGAGUUGUGCUUGCGGACCUGGUCAUCACACGGAGGCGUGAGUUGUUUCUUGAGAUAGUUGGAAUGUUGAUCAGACUAAUGGAAAGGAUCACAAACUUGAAGAGGUUUGGACGCAGAGAUUGAUGAGUUUGUUAUAGAGAUACGCCAUUGUUAUGUUGUGUUUUAUUGUCUUUCUAUAUUUGUUUCCUAGCUAGUUACUCCUAUCUGCUAGCUGAUUGGUAUCUAUAUGUCUUAACGUGUGUCUGCGCUAUGGUUUAAAGGUGAAUGUGAGGUGAUUGUGUUUUAUCUUUUGCUCAUCUGAUUAAUUAGCCCGUUUAUUAGGUAAUCAGUUUGUAUUUUGUGGAAAUUUUCACGGAUUUGGUGAUUGCAUUGCACAGUUCUGAGUAGCUAGGAUCGUA